CACUUUGACCGGUCGAAUUCUUCGGGAGCUUUCCUCGAUUUCUCAGUUCGUGUGGAAGUAUGGAUAUGGAUACCACAUAACCUUGCGGUAACUUUAAAGAGUCACUACCAGUUAAAUGAAAUCCAUAAUCCGAUAAACUCGCGAGAAGUAAUACACAUGGAAAGUCUAUAUGGUUAA